GAACGAAUGAAACGCUGUCUGCUCGCCGCAUUCGUGUCCGCAAUACUAAACAUGAAUUGAAGUGUUCUGGAUGCUUGACGAAUGCAGUGCCGCAGGCGGCCGUCGGCGCUCCACCCCUUUUGUUUGAUACAACCUUCGAACCCCGUCUUAUUAAAUAUUCUUGGUCUCUCCUGUUAUCUGCGUCUGUCAACUUCAGCAUUGAGUCAUUAUGAAGGCAUCAUCGAUUCUUGUUUCCCUGAUCGGGGUGGCCACGGCCACAGUCAGGCCUCCGCCAGGGUGUGCAUACGAUAAGUGUUUCUGGAAGGACCAGAUUCCGCAGGAAUGGAAGCCCCUCGUCACGAAGUUCUGCAAGGCCUUAAUUGGCAAACAGCCAUGUUCGACACCGUCUGCCCGUUUCAGCACAGUCGUCAAUACGUUGUCACCGACGACUGUCCAGCAGACGUUGCCACAGUCUACAGUUGUCGAGACGGUCCAAUAUACGACUACGGUGGUAGACAGUGUCGAGGUCACCAACACGCAGACCCAGGGCACACUCUGUGUGGUGACUACCGAUGGCCAAACUCCUGUCACGUCCAUCACCUAUCCACGAUUUACUAACCCGGCAUCGAACCAACCACAGGCACGCGAUUUGGAUGAACUCGCUGCUCAAGAUGACCCGCAAUAUCGAAACCGUAUGAAGCGCGAUACCUUACCCGCCUUUGCGACAGCUGGAUGUAACAAGUCACCACCCCUUCAAAAGCUGAAGGAUGCCUGCAAAUGCUUCCUUGCUAGCCCCGAAAGUCCUAUCAAAACAACAACCAUAGUCCAAGCCGGCUCAACGGUCAUCCAGACUCUCCCUGCCCAGACUACCACUGUUAUCGAAACCCUGCCACAGCAGACCGUCCGCGUAACUUCAACAAACGUCGUCACUGCCACCGUCCAGUCCUGCACCUCCACCUCCACCGUCUACUCGUCCACCAUUGCCAUAUCAAGCUGCGGCGCUCCGCCAGGCACGUACGUAAGCAGAACAAUCGGGCAAAUCUCCUGCACCCAGCCCGCCGCCGCCCCCUCCGGCUCCGUCAACGCCUUCCACCGCAUCGAAGCCGACAACAACCAAGGCACCGUCUUCGAGGGCUGCAUCUACGCCGGCCCACGCUCCAUCACCACCCCAAGCGGCGGCACCCACCAGUGCGGCGCAUCCACCGGGACCUCCAUCACAGGCCAGACCGAUGCCGCUUCCCAGCUCACCGGAUUCACCUACGACGGCACGUUCUCCCCGAGCUUCAACGACUACUUCAUCACGCGCAUCGGCUCGACUCAACAGAGCGGUAAUAGCUACUGGGGCGUGCUGAAUAACGGCGUGUUCACCACGUCUGGCGGGUGCGGUGCCCAGGUGCGCGCCGGGGACUCGUCGCUGUGGCAGUGGGACGCCUUCAAUCUGAACCAGCUCCUGACUAUCGCACCGCAGUACGCUGUUGUGAGCGUGGGCUCGACCGUGUCCAUCACCGUUACUGGCAGGAGUCCGAACGGCGGCCCAUCGAGUCCGUUUCAAGGAGCCACGCUCAGUGGUGGCCAGGGGCUGCAGUCGGGCUCGGACGGUGGCAUUACGUUCACUGUGCCGUCCGAGCCGGGCUGCUAUCAGUAUAAGGCGUCGGCGGGAGGUUCGGGCAGGUCGAAUGCGUUUUACUUGAAUGUGGUUUCCCAGUUUCCCAGUGAGAUCAAGUGAGCUUGCUUGCUUGCUUGCGUACUUGUUCUGGGUGUUUCCUAUCUUGCUUCGAAUUUUUCUGUCCGACCAAUUUAUUCGUUCGAGUUUUUGAUAUGGAUGUGUGGCCUGGUUCGCUGAAUCUAUCUAUUGCUUUGACAAGCUUUUUUUUUUCCUUGUAUAGAUAUUUACAUACAUACAUGUUCGACACGAAAGCGUCCAGAUGUAAUAGCUUGCUUCGUAAUUCGAAGGAUUUGAGGCUCGAUUUUUUUUUUUCGCUUGCUGGCUACUUGCACUCGUGUCAUGUGUGAGGUCCCUUUAUAAGAGAGAUAUAU